UUUUCAACAGGACCAAGGAAACGGACUAAGAGAAUGAGACGUGCAGCCCACCGUGCUACUUCCACAUCAUCUUCCUCAUCACCACCUUCCUUGUCGUCCUCAUCUGAUGAGGAGGAGGAGAGCGUUGAGAGGCGUCGGGUGCACAGCUGUAAUAAGACUAUAAGAAGGUGUCUUCCACUAAACUUUAAGGAGGAUGAUCUGAAGGGAGUUCGCAAGGAUCAAAAGAAAAUUGGAAAAGUCUGGCUGAUGUUGAUCCAAUGCAAAUUGACAGUUCGGUGCGAUUCGAUGCCGUGGGUGGUCUUUCUGACCACAUUUCAUCCUUAAAGGAAAUGGUGGUUUUUCCUCUGCUUUAUCCGGAGGUGUUUGAGAAAUUCAAAAUUCAACCUCCAAGAGGAUGUCUAUUCUAUGGUCCACCAGGAACUGGAAAGACUCUGGUUGCACGUGCUCUUGCUAAUGAAUGUAGCCAAGGAAACAAAAGAGUGGCUUUUUUCAUGAGGAAAGGUGCGGACUGUUUAAGCAAAUGGGUUGGAGAAUCUGAAAGGCAACUUCGUUUAUUAUUUGAGCAGGCAUACCAGAUGAGACCUGCAAUUAUUUUCUUUGAUGAAAUUGAUGGUCUUGCGCCUGUUCGGUCCAGUAAGCAAGACCAGAUUCACAGCUCCAUCGUAUCAACGCUUCUGGCACUCAUGGAUGGUUUAGAUAGCAGAGGGGAGGUUGUCGUCAUUGGUGCGACCAACCGCCUAGAUUCCAUCGAUCCUGCGUUAAGGAGACCUGGACGUUUUGACCGGGAGUUCUUCUUCGGCCUCCCGAACAAAGAGGUCAGAAAGUAAAUCCAACCCUAAUGCUAAUGUGACAAAGUCCAAUUUGAUAGCAAAAAGUUGUCCAGCUUGGAUGAAAGACUGAUAUCUGGAGACACUAUUUCAUACUGUGCAGAGCAAAUCUGCUGCUGCAGAUACAUGUAUGUAUAUAUAUAUAUACCUACAUACGAUGACAGUUUCAGCAAGUAGUUCAUUCAGUAUUGUUUUUGGUUUCCCUGUGACUAGUCAAGAAACACAGGAUGUUGGUCAUCACUGGUGUGUUUAAGAAGGAAUGAAAAUAUGCAUUGGCUAUAAACUACUGUUCUCUCGUCUUGAAGGUAAAAGAAGCAGUGUACAUCCUCAAUAAUUAAUUUUUGCUUCCAUAAAAAUUUUUACCAUGACUGGUGAUGGAACAUAUUCAGAUCAUGAUUAUUUUCUUUAUAGAAAUUGCAGCAGCUUGAAGAGUAGUGCUUGAACUACUUUACUUGCAUGAACUGACAGAAAAGAAUCUGAAUCUAUUAAAAUCAUAGAAUGAUUUGGGUUGG